AUGGUCAUGUAUGGUACACAGGUCCAGAAGUUAGACCAAAAGGGAUCCAGGGAUCUUUGGUUCCCGGUCGGUCGUGUUCAUAGGCACUUGAGGAAAGGCAACUAUGCUCUGCGGGUGGGUGCAGGAGCCCCUGUCUAUCUGGCUGCUGUGCUCGAGUAUCUGACGGCUGAAAUCCUCGAGCUGGCCGGCAACGCGGCCCGGGACAACAAGAAGAGCCGCAUCAUCCCCAGACAUCUGCAGCUGGCCGUCCGCAACGACGAGGAGCUCAACAAGCUGCUGGGAGGGGUGACCAUCGCUCAGGGCGGUGUGUUGCCCAAUAUCCAGGCCGUGCUGUUGCCCAAGAAAACCGGUGGAGCCAGCAAGUAAGCGAGAGAAACUCAACAUAGUGACCCAAAGGCUCUUUUCAGAGCCACUCACCAUGUCUGUGGAAGGGCUGAUCAUCGAUU